UGGAUGAUCCGUACAAGGGAGAGCCACAAAAGGGAGUUGCUUUGAAUGCAAUGACAGGAAAAAGACUUGGACAACCGGCUCACGAUAUCCUUCUUGCUGUGGGUAUCAUGCGGGGCUACACUUCACCCAUGUGGGUGGCGGAAAAGCAGCUCAAACAUCUGAAUUUGGAGGUACGCGAGAGCCGCAAAGGUGAGGGUGUACUAGCUCCUAAUAUGACGGGAUUGAUUGUCUCUCUCUCACAGCUUCCAAAGGACGCACAACAGAUGUUAUUAAAAGAGCUACGCGAAAACCACUCCGAUGCCUUUGGGUUUGAUCUGUACUUUCUUUACAAUGUAAAUGGAUGGGAGGUAAUGCGGUCACGGGUUCUUGUUAAGCAUAUGGCGGCGGUGAACGAUUCCCAAUAUCCAUACCAUUUUGUUAAUUUGCGAGAUUUUGGACUGCAAAAUGUGAAAUUUGCCGAUUUUGCUGGAGAGUGUCAACGGAAAUUAAAACCUUUGGGCCCAGAAGUGCUGGUUACAGAGACAACACAGGACGACAAAGCCGAUGAGAAUAACAAUGAGGGGAGAGGAGGACUUGCCCUUCAGAUUGCUCAUUUCUCACGCGGACGUGGUUCAAAGGGAAAGGGUGUUUCGACAAAGGUUUUUUUUGCGGAGGACGCCACACUUCGAAGAUACUACAACGCUGUGUGCUUGUCGGAACCCCAUUUGGCCGUUCCCGCAGUGCGUUCAGUUGCCAUUCUAAAUGGCAAACUUAUUGGUCGCCGCGACGAGGCCAAACUGCGUUCCUUUGCUCUCAAGCACAAACUUUCUAGCCCUAUUUGGGUGACACCGAUAGGUGCCAGGCGCAUGGGAGUCGGAAUCGAGAAAAAGCAUCUCAACAAGUUUGUUGCGAUUGGUGCGGGGGCAGUGGAAGAUCAGGGCGACGAUGUAGUCGAAGAGUUUUACAAUUUGGAUGAUUUUGCCGACCCCAAUGAGAUUCUUUCUAUUUUUCCAAAGAAAAGUAAAUCGGCGCACUUUUUACUGGACUCUAAAUGGCGUCCUGUUUUGGGUAAGCAACGUCAGGCUUACCUGACUUCCCUGAGGCGUUCGACACCGCUUUGGAUUUCAGUGAACGAGUGCCUCAUGUCAGGGUUUGAGCCCAAGCCAGAAUCUCAGUCCUUUUCGUUUCCGUCAGAAAAGAAGUCAACUGGCUCUUCUGGAGGUAUAAAACUGUACAAUUCUCAGCUUACAACUGACCCUGUUCGGGUUAUAGGGCUAGCCACGGUAUACACAAGGCCUCAAGGCCACACUCUAUAA